AUGCAACUUCUGAAGUGUUCCACACUUCAGAAAAGAGGUUGCUUUGAGUUUACUUUAAACAUCAAGUCUAAUUCCUACAGUGAAAUCAUAAUUUACUUUUCCUUGUUAAAAAUAAGUAGUUCAGAGGAAAAGCAGAAAAGAUCAUACAAACAUGUAGCACUUAAUUUACAAAGUCCUUUCUCAUCUGCAUUUUUAUGUGAUUUCUUCAACAGUAAUUGUAAUACCAAUAUAUAUGUCAACCAUGUAAUAAUGAUAAUGAUGCUAGUAGUUUUAGUAUUACCAUUAGUAGUAGUAUUAGUAAUACAUUUUAUGAAUGAGGAAACACACUCAAUGAAGCUAGGAAUUUGGCAAGAACUGGCUGGGACUUAUAGCUGA